AGGAAUUCCUCGAAAUGACCGGACACCACUGGGGAUACGGGGAGGAGGACGGCCCUGCCGCAUGGCAUAAAGACUACCCCAUUGCUCAGGGCAACCGCCAGUCUCCCAUCGACAUUGUCCCCACGGAAACAGUCUACGACGCCAACCUGCCCCCCAUCUUCCUGUCCUAUGAGAACUGCACAUCCACCAGCAUCUCCAACAACGGCCACUCGGUCGUGGUGGAGUUCGAGGACUCGGACGACCGAUCGGUGAUCCAGGGAGGUCCGCUGGACAACGCCUACAGGCUGAAGCAGUUCCACUUCCACUGGGGCGGCAAGGGUUGCCAUGGCUCCGAGCACACCAUCGCCGGCAAGACCUUUGUAUCAGAGCUACAUCUGGUCCAUUGGAAUGCAGCCAAGUACAAGACAUUUGGGGAAGCAGCAUCAGCACCUGAUGGACUGGCUGUCCUUGGCGUCUUUCUAGAGACAGGAGAUGAACACAGAGGAUUGCACAAGUUAACAGACGCCAUGUACAUGGUGAAGUUCAAGGGAACGGUGGUGGACUUCAAAGGCUUCAACCCCAAAUGCCUUCUGCCCGACAACCUCAACUUCUGGACCUACCCCGGAUCCCUGACCACACCCCCCCUGCACGAGAGUGUCACCUGGCUCGUCCUCCAGGAGCCAAUCGUGGUGUCUGAGAAACAGAUGGGGAAGUUUCGACUGCUGAUGUUCAGCGGCGAGGAGGAGGAACAGAGGAAGAGGAUGGAGAACAACUUCCGACCGCCGCAACCCCUCAAAGGCAGAAGGGUCCUGGCCUCCUUCAAAUAGCCCCAUCCCACGCCAACCCCCUCCGGCCAGCACUCCGUCUCCCGUACUCUUCCGCUCUGCACCAGAGAAGGAUCUACAGUAGAAGCCAUCUCUGUCCUUUUGGUUACACUACAUUUCUACAGGUUCAUUGUAACAGAAAACAACAGAAUACUCCUUUAAAAAAAAAGCCUUCAAAGGCUUUGUGCAAACAUGCCGUCUUACCCAAUCCAUGGCUACGCAUCCAGAAGGUCUUUGUAGCAUAGAAAGACUUUAGGCUCCUGCUUUGGGCUCUGUGGAUGAUUAAUGGUUUCAGUUUAAUUGACUGCUGACCAUGAGCUCAAAGUAAAGAACUGAAAACCCUGUGUGUGUGCUAAACUUAUAUGUAAUCUCUACUUUGUGAAGUCUUGAGUGACUCUUUGCUCUGUCUGUCACCAUCAAUCAGUUGUAAACAGGCGUUGCGAGUUUCCUUUAGGAUUACUGUAAGAUGUGGCCGACAGUGCUUGAGACAAUCCUUGGUUGUUGCUAUGUGGGUUGUGACCUCGUGACCCCUCCCUGUUUGCCGUUGCCGGGACGAGAUGCUCCUCCUUCAUGAGAUCUGUGUUGAUCCUCAUUGAUCAAGGCUUGUGCAAACGGAUCUGCAUCCUGAAUGUCGGCGAUCUUUUCACGUAACCCUCGACCGACAGCCGCAGACGCCGGCUGACGGGAUUACUGACGCAAGGGGGCCUUUACCCUCGAUCUGCUGCUUCAUUAGAGAUGAGCUGGGGUCGGGGGGGUCCCCUAAUUAAGCCUAAGUCCGUCCAGCAACUGCCCUUCACCAUGAAAGGGGUCUCAGAUUAAAACCUGAUAGGCAUCUUCACCGCCUCUCCAAGUCCAUCUCAUUAGGGCAGACAGGGCUUUGAAACUGAUCCUAGUACAGCUUAGCACUCGCACGCUAGGACUGCAGGCUGCCAAGGCGAUGGCACCGGCGCUGAAAACUAAAACUCCAGAAUGUAUGUGAAGCUGCUUUGAUCAUGUAUGUCCUAGCUAGCGUCGUUGCUUGUGAGGAUGCUCGACUGAAGAGGAAGGAUGAUUUUUAGACAGUUUUGUGCAGGGGAUGAGCCAUAGCUUAGCACAGAGGUGACACAGCCUGGUUUGUAUGCAUGUUUUGCCUCUCCCGUAAUAUAUCACUCCAGUGCUUUUACGGUAAUGGAACGUUUCUUUUUUUAUGCGCGGGCCUUUGAAGGUCAAAGUGAUGAAUAUUGUCCCACACGCACUUAAGAAAAGAAAAUUAG